AUGAACGGCUACGGCUCCCCGUACCUGUACAUGGGCGGCCCGGUGUCCCAGCCGCCCCGGGCCCCCCUGCAGCGCACCCCGAAGUGCGCCCGCUGCCGCAACCACGGCGUGCUGUCCUGGCUGAAGGGCCACAAGCGCUACUGCCGCUUCAAGGACUGCACCUGCGAGAAGUGCAUCCUGAUCAUCGAGCGCCAGCGGGUCAUGGCCGCGCAGGUGGCGCUGCGCCGGCAGCAGGCCAACGAGAGCCUGGAGAGCCUCCUCCCGGACUCCCUGCGCGCCCUGCCCGGGCCCCCGCCGCCCGCCGCCAGCGGGGACUGCGCCCCGCAGAGACCCCCCGCCGCCGCCCUGCGCUGGGCCUCCGAGCAGCCCGCAGCCCUGCAGCCGCAGCUCCCCAAAGCAGACAUGACUGAGGAACGGUUGGGUGACGCAAGUGGAACAGAUAAUGCUGAGACCUACAGUGACAAAGACACAGACCAAAGGAGUUCCCCUGAUGUGACAAAAGCCAAAAGCUGCUUCACUCCCGAGAGCCCUGAAAUAGUGUCAGUGGAUGAAGGUGGUUAUGCAGCCCAGAAAAAUGGUGGCAGCACAGAGAGCAGACCAGAUAGUCCCAAGUACCACGCAGAACAGAAUCAUCUCCUGAUAGAAGGUCCAUCGGGGACAGUUUCUCUGCCUUUCAGUUUGAAGGCCAACAGGCCUCCUCUUGAAGUGUUAAAAAAAAUCUUCCCCAACCAAAAGCCAACUGUGCUUGAAUUAAUCUUGAAAGGCUGUGGGGGUGAUCUGGUGAGUGCUGUUGAGGUCCUUUUGUCCAGCCGAUCUUCAGUAACUGGUGGGGACAGAACUUCUACAGAAUCAGACAGUCUUGUUUUGCCUUCCAAUGGGCACAUUUUUGAACAUACACUGAGUUCAUAUCCUAUUUCCUCUUCUAAGUGGUCUGUAGGAUCAGCCUUUAGAGUUCCAGACACAUUGAGAUUCUCCACUGAUUCUAGUAGUGUUGUGCCAAAUCCUUUGGCUGUACCUUUACAGCACCCUUUCCCACAGCCACCACGAUACCCACUGAUGUUGAGGAACACUUUGGCGAGAAAUCAGUCCAGUCCUUUUCUACCUAAUGAUGUCACCUUAUGGAACACCAUGACACUGCAGCAGCAAUACCAGCUGAGGUCCCAGUAUGUCAGCCCAUUCUCUAGUAAUUCUACCAGUGUAUUCCGAAGUUCACCUGUCCUUCCUACUCGCUCAUCAGAAGAUCCCAGGAUCUCAAUCCCUGAUGAUGGAUGUCCAAUUGUGUCUAAACAACCUAUUUAUACAGAAGAUGACUAUGAUGAAAGAUCUGAUUCUUCAGACUCUAGAAUACUCAAUACAUCAUCUUAG